CAAGGCUAUGUCCAUCGUCAUCACAUAUACGCCAGCCGAUCAGCAUGCAUGCCUUCUCCAUUUCUCCCAGCCAGCUCCUCGGUGGUAGUCGAUGCUAUCCUGCAUGAAGUUCGCAUGGUCUAAACGCUCCAUGGGGUCGUACCAAUCACUCCCACCCGCAAACCCUGCUGCGCCGCACACCAAAUAUCGCCGGCCAUACUAUUCCAAGCGAUUCAUCAAGAUUGCUGUCGUUGUCUUCGUCUCGUUCGCAAUCGCCAUCAUACUCGGAUACGUCUAUCUGUUCAGACUACCUUUGAAGAUACAUUUCGGACAGCCUGAGAAGGACGAGCACCUGCCGCCGCUAUAUACCAGGUUCCACAACUACGAGCUCAGCCUACCGCAGCACCAGCUCGACACCGGCUCGCAAGAUAGCCCGAACGGCAAGUAUUUCUGGGUAGCAAAUCACGCCCGCAGUACGUAGUCUGCUCCUCUCCAGAGAUAAUAAGAUUCCUAUAGUGCAUCAGGAUCCGGAUAGGGGAAUAUCAUGCAGGAACUCUUGCUCAACCACUAUGUAGCUUACCGCGCUGGCCGAUCCUGAGCCAAUAGCUUCGUGUUCAGCAACUAUACCUG